GCCGCGUCACGGUAACAUACACAACACUGCGCCGUUCUCCGCCACACUCGCACACACCCCGCGCUAUACUUCCCAACUUUCCGCCACUGCCUGGUUUCUCCCCUCCUAAAAAAAGACAGAGAACCCUACACCCGCCUGGGCUUAAAUGGACGGCAAGAUGUAGCCAGUGUACCGCCUGGGACUACAGCAAGACUUCUAACUUCAAAAAAGUUUCGCUUGUGAUGUAGGCAAACAAAAAUGUUACACAAAAAAUAACAGUAGGGAAGACUUGGAAACAGAAGAAUGGCGUGACAGAGAGUGUUUAAACCUCUCUCUCAAUCCCUCCCUUUUACUCCCCUUUCCCUCCUUUCCUCCCCUCUCCCAAGCAAAGAUAAUCAUCAUCAAGAUUUAAGAACACAAAAAUAUAUAUAAAAAACAGUUUAGUUGUCCCUAACGAGCAGACAACACGGAGAUUUCAGAACUAUUUAUGGCAACAUUUACUAAAAAAAAAAUAUAUAUAUAUAUAUAUACAUAUUUUUUCCCACUUCUGGAGAAAGUGUGUGUGAUACAAGGUGAAGUGACACUUGAAGUGAUACUGAAGUGACGCUGAGGUGAUACUGAGGUGACACUAAAGUGAUACUGAGGUGACGCUACUUAGGUCUCAUUUACCACGUGUGUUGUGAUAAGAGGGAGUAAGGGGAGAGUGAUGAAGGAGAAAUAGGGAGGAGAUAAAAGGGGGAGGGGGUUAGCGAGGGGACUGAGUCCAGCGGGAGACACUCAGAAGGGUGAGGGGAAGUGUGGAGAAGUGAGGAUAGACCUGCCUGACGAUAACCACAGAUAUGAACACAGUCUUCGGCCUGGUUGUCACUCUCGCGGUCUCUGUCCACUUGGGCGUGUGUGGAUGGAGUGAAGAGGAGACUCUGACAGCAGCGUCAGCGUCGUCAGCAGGUGGUGGUGGUGGUGACGGCAGCAGCUACAGGAAGAGGGAGCUGGUGGUGGGUCCCAGAGAGGAUCCGGAGGAGCUCAUCACCCCAGAAGAACAGAACAACACCGAGGUCACAGCCCAGCUAGGGGGCACCGCGACUAUCAAAUGCUACACACACUUCCUCGGUGAUGAGAUGGUGACGUGGAUGAAGCGAGACGAGGAUCAGCUGCUGACAGCAGGAGGAGAAGUUUACUCUUCUGAGUCCAGAUACUCUGUAGCACACGUCAGGCACCAGAAGCUGUGGGAGCUGUCACUUCGGGACGUGAGACGAAGCGAUGCUGGGUUAUACGAGUGUCAACUAACAACACAUCCACCAGCUUCACUCUUCUUCACCCUCAAGGUCGUAGAGGCGCGAGCGGUGGUGGCAGGAGGUCCAGAUAUCCACGUACACACAGGCGUCAAGUUACGUCUUCACUGCACUGUGGAGCUAGCCACAGAGCCUCCGUCCUACAUCUUCUGGUUCCACAAUGGCACCAUGAUCAAUUACUCUCCCAGAAGGCCGCUCAAAGUCACCAACCAGCACCUCGCUAGUUCCCUGGUCAUUAACAACGUCACUUGGGAAGACGCUGGAGCCUACAGAUGUGAGCCACACUUAGCGCGUGCUGCCAAUCUCACUCUCCACGUUGUAGAAGGAGAAAAGCACGCAGCGCUACACAACGGCCACAGCGAAGGAACAGACGCGGAUCAAACGGCGAUGUCUAACAGCAUUCACCUCCCACCUGUUGCCGUUCUCCUGCUGGCUCUCUGCCUGCUGACAGUCUGCGACAGCCGUUUUCACAACGUCUGGGCGUAGUUAACAGCUGUACAGUCAGCUGUACUCGCCUCUCUCAUUUCUACCGUGAUAUUUGUACCGUUUCAGUACUACGAGUGCAAAGCAUAAUUUGUAUUUUAAAGUUGUGUGUUCAAGAGAGGUGUAAUGAAAGGGAUUCUGUGUGUGUGAUGUUAUGGUUGUGUUUUAUAAAGGUUUAAGGAGACGAUUUAAAGGAGAUCUUGUGUAAUGUUUGUGGUUUUUAAGGGUAGGAGACGAUUUAAGAGAGCCCUUGUGUGAUGUUUGUAUUUUUAAGGGUAGGAGACGAUUUAAGGGAGAUCUUGUGUAAUGUUUGUGUGUUUUAAGGGGAGUUAAUUUAAGGGAGAUCUUGUGUAAUAUUUCUGUUUUUAAGGGGUGGGAGACAUUUUAAGGGAGCCCUUGUGUGAUGUUUGUGUUUUCAAGAGGAAAGAGGAGACGAUUUAAAGGAUGUCUUGUGUGAUGUUUGAGUUUUAAGGGGAGACGAUAUAAGGGAGCCCUUGUGUGACAUUUAUCUUUUUUAAGGGGUUGUGAGUACAAUUUAAGGGAGCCCUUGUGCAAUGUUUAAAUUUAUGUAAAUAUUUGAGAGAGAGAGAGAGAGAGAGAG